CGCGCUGCGGCUGAGCCCAUCCCAGCAGUCAGCUGCUCCUUGGUGCCCAUCUGAUCUCUGCAUCUCAUCACCCUCCAGCCGGACCCUGCUCCCCAAGCCGUCUCCUCCGAUCUCAUCCGCCCCACCACCCAGCCAUGUCGAACUCCAAGCAGCGCCUUAUGCAGGGCAUGCACCAGGACCUGAGCUGCCCCAGCUGCCUGAAGCUGUUCAAGGCCCCAGUGACGGCUGAGUGUGGCCACACCUUCUGCCUGGAAUGCCUGUCCCAGGCCAAGGCCUGCCCCACCUGCCAGGCCCCCACCAAGGUGGAGCAGCUGCGCAUCAACCAGCAGAUGGAGCACCUGGUGCAGUGCUUCCGGCAGGUGCCCCACGACCACUGCGAGGAGCACAUGGACCCCCUGAGCGUCUACUGCGAGCAGGACCAGCAGGUCAUCUGCGGGGUGUGCGCCUCGCUAGGCAAGCACAAGGGUCACAACAUCAUCACGGCCGCCGAGGCCCACCAGAAGAUGAAGAAACAACUUCCCCAGCAGCAAAUUCAACUGCAGGAGGCACAAGUGCGUAAGGAGAAAACGAUCGCUCUGCUGAACAGACAGAUAACAGAGGUGGAGGACACAGUGGUGCGAUUCAAGCAGCAGGUGUCGGAGCAGCUGGGGGUGAUGCGCGCCUACCUGGCGACGCUGGAGGCCAAGCUGGGCCAGGAGGCAGAGCGGGUGCAGCAGCAGGCCACGGCCGUGCUGCGGGAUGAGCACAAGACCAUGGGCCACUACCUAGAGCAGCUCAAGCAGAUGGAGGCCGUGCUGGGCGAGGUGCAGGAGGAGAGUCAGACCGAGUUCCUGAGGAAAUACUGCCUUGUGGCCAGCAGGCUGCAGAAGAUCCUGGGAGAGUCCCCUCCAGUUGCCCGGAUGGACAUCCAGCUGCCAAUCAUCACAGAUGACUUCAAGUUCCAGGUGUGGAGGAAGAUGUUCCGUGCAUUGAUGCCAGCUCUGGAGAACCUGACCUUUGACCCGGACACGGCCCACCCCAACCUGGUGAUAUCGGAGGAUGGCAAGCGGGUGGAGUGCGUGGAGCAGAAGCAGCCAGUGAGCUCGGAUGACCCAGGCCGCUUCGACAAGUCCAACUGCGUAGUGAGCCGCCAGAGCUUCUCCAGCGGCGAGCACUACUGGGAGGUGACGGUGGGCGACAAGCCGCGCUGGGCGCUGGGCCUCAUCUCGGCCGAGGCAGGGAGAAAGGGUCGGCUCCAGGCUCUGCCCUCCAACGGCUUCUGGCUGGUGGGCUGCAAGGAAGGCAAGAACUACGAAGCCCACGUGGAGCACAAGGAGCCGCGGCUGCUGCGGGUGUAGACCAAGCCCAGCCGGAUCGGGCUGUAUCUCAGCUUUGAAGACGGGAUGCUGGGGUUCUACGACGCCAGUGAUGAGGACAAUCUGGUGCAGCUCUUCGCCUUCCACACGCGCUUCACCACCACUGUCUACCCCUUCUUCGACGUCUGCUGGCACGACAAGGGCAAGAACAGCCAGCCGCUGGUCGUCUAUGAGCCAGAGCCGGAGGCCUCCUAACGGCUCCCUGCAGAGCCGGAGGUGCCGUAGCCAUGCCCAGCCUCGCUGCACGGAGCCAGGAGUGCCAUAACCAUGUUGCAAAGGCACUAUAGCCACACCCAGCCAUGCUCUAUGCUGCCAGAUGUGCCACAGCCAUGCCCAACCUUGACCUAAGAUGCCAGAGCGGAAGGUGCCACAACCAUGCCCAACCAUACCCCAUGUCACCAGAAGAGCCAUGACCACACCCAGCCGGCCCUACAUCACCAGCUGUGCCAUAACCUCACCUCACAUCAUCACGGCCAUACCCAACCAUGCCCACAUCACCAAAUGAGCCACAGGCACUCCCAAACAUGUCACCCGGGCUGGUGGUGCUGAAACCACGCCCAGCCACACCCACAUCCCCAGAGAAGCCAUGCCCUGCCAUGCCUCGCUAUGCCUGACAUCACCAGACCAGGAGGUGCCUCAGCCAUGGCCAACAUCACUGGAAGUUCCAUAACUAUGUUGUCAGAUGCUCUGUAACCACAGCUAACCACAUCCUGCAUCACCAGAAGCUCCGUACAAUGCCUUGUCAUGCUACCAUCAACAGAAGUGCCAUUAUCAUGGCCCCGCCAUCACCAAAGAUUCAUGCCCCCAUUACCAAAGGCAUCUCAAUCAUGCCCAAGCAUGUUUCCAUUACCAGAGACUCCCUGGCCGUGCCCACAUAGCUGGAAGUGCCAUAACCAUACCCCAUGCCAUCACAGCUCCUCCAGACAUUCAGAGCCCAUGGGGCCCAUCUCCAAGCUCCCUGAGACGGGCAGUGACUCGACGUGGUUCCAAGGCUCUGGGAUCUGUACAGCCGCUGCUGGGAUCUGAGCAUGUUCGCAUCCACCCAGAUAUGGUCUCCAAUAAAACAUGGUCAUGUCCACUCUG